UUGUUCAUUGAAUAUUGCAGGCAACGUGUCGCCCCAGAUAUAUACAAAACAUUCCUACUUCACGACAUACCAUUGCCCGUAUUUCGAUCUGCUUUGAAAAAGCAAUUUUCUGACAAUUCACAUUUAACCGACAUACGUGUUAUUGAUCGAAAAAUAGCUGAGUGUCGUGAAAUGUUUGUUGAUCUUCUACAAAGUCCAUGUUUUGCUAGUACCUUUAAACGCUUGUUUUUGGUUACGAGAAAACAGCACUUGUAUUUCAAAAGACGUCAGCAAACUUCAGUAGAUCUUAGUGAUGUAAAAACCUUUGCAAAAUUGUCAUCAGAAUGGGCUAAGGAAGAUGGGGCUUUCAAAGCACUGCAUUCAUUGAAUCGACUGCGAUUACCUCUGAUUGUGAAUACAGUUGGUAAGAAAGCCCAGAAAGCUCAUGAAUCACUCUUGGGGCUACGUAUUGCCGAUGUUGGCUCAGGUGGCGGAAUAUUGACUUUUCCUUUAGUGCGUUUGGGAGCAGAUGUAGAUGCCAUUGAUGCAUCAAAUGAAGUAAUUGCAUCAGCAAAAGAUGCUGAAAAUUGUUUGCGUGAGGAAAAAAAUGGAUCAGGCAAAGCAACCUUUCAUUGUUCUUCUAUUGAAAAUUUUGCUGCGAAGAAUGCUGGAAGGUUUGAUGCUGUGAUUGCAUCCGAGAUUCUCGAGCAUGUCGUUGAUUUAGAACUUUUCGUGAAGUCAUGUGUUCAUCUGCUACACAACAGUGGUACAUUGUUUUUCACAACUAUCAACAAAACUGUCUUAAGCAGACUUGUGACUAUUUGGAUUGCAGAGGAUGUUCUAAAUAUUGUUCCAUCAGGUGUUCAUGAUUGGUCGAAAUUUGUAGAGCCACAGUUUUUGCAAAUGAUUCUGGAAGAAAAUAAUUGUUGUGUACGUCUGGUGCAUGGCAUGUUAUACAAUCCUUUUGCAAACCGCUGGUCGUGGUGUCAAAAUACAGCAAUGAAUUAUGCUUUAGUUGCCACUAAAAACCAACAGUAAUA